AUGGUAUUGAAUAUUUGCUUGCCAUCAGUUAAAAUGAACUGGAAACUACAGAUAUUUGUUUUACUUUUUUUCAAUGUUACAAUUUGUUCGUCCAAAUUAAUUGUGAAAACUGAAUGGGGUUCAAUCAGAGGAUUUUAUGAAAAGUUUGGUGACAAGCAGAUUCGGUCUUUUCUUGGUAUUCCUUAUGCUCUUCCACCAGUGGGUCCUUUAAGGUUUCGGAAGCCAAUUGAAUUAGUUAAACCUUUCAAAGGCAUUUACAGAGCCAAAAAUUUUGGUCCUGCUUGCCUCCAAUCAGAAGUGUUCCGAGACGCUCAUACACCAAACUCAACAAUCAGUGAAAAUUGUUUAUUUCUCAAUGUUUGGACACCAGUUGAUGUGUCCAAGAAAAAGUUGUAUCCUGUUCUUAUUUAUAUCCAUGGAUCUUCAUUCACUUUUGGUUCAUCAGCAUCUUCUAGUCAAAGAGGAGACGUUUUAACAGCAUUCAAUGACAUUGUCACAGUAAACUUGAACCAUCGAUUAGGUGCUACUGGACUCGCUUAUGCUGAGUCAGAUGCAAUUGUUGGUAAUCAACAGUUACAUGAUAUAAUUAUGGCACUAAAAUGGGUCAAGAGGAAUAUUGGUGCUUUCGGUGGAGACCCUAACCAAAUAACAUUAUCCGGAAUGAGCUCAGGAGCUAUUUUAGCCUCUGCCAUCUUUUUAUCUCCUGCGGUCGAAUCUGGUCUUUUUAAUAAAGUUUUCUUAAUGAGUGGAGUCUCAAUAGAUCAAGUGAAUAGCUCACUUGGCUGUUCACAUUAUUCAAGUUCAAAUGACUCCUUUCAAAUUGGCGAAAUUAAAUGUUUGAAAAAAGUCAAAGCAAAAUCAAUAGCAGAUACGCUCGAAAACGUACUUUUUUACCCGAUCUACAACGACGGUAACAUUUUCCCUGAAUCGCCUGUCCAAAUUGUGAACAAAAAAUCAUUUCCUAAAGGCUUGAAAUUUUUAAUUGGAACUGAAGCUGAUGAAAGUUUUUUUACAAAAGCAUUCAAUCCAACAACUAAGGAAGAGGCUUUGAGCAAUAUGGAGACACUCAUUUCAGCUCUUGACGUUACACAACUCAACAUGACAGAUUUGUUUAUGAAAUAUUUCGAUGGAGUGGACGAUAAUAAUGCUACUUUGAUUCGUAAACGUUUCGAUGAAAUUGGAUCUGAUCUUCAAUUCCACUGUCCUUCGUUAUUAUACUCUGCAGCCUUCGCAAGCAAUUCAUACAAUAAUGUUCACAUCUUUCGAAAUGAUUAUGUUACUUCUAAAUACAAUAGAUCUGAGAGACCCAAUGGAGCUCGUCAUGGCGAUGUUCAACGUAUAUUUUUUGGUGACCCUUUUAGAUCGCCUGAAAAUUUUCCAGAUGACCGAGAUAGAGAACUAAGUCGUUUCAUGAUGAAAACAUUAUCCGAUUUUGUUAGAGGAAAGGAAUUAUUUUGGGACUCAAUAAAAAUCAAUGGAAAUCAUUCUGAUAACAUUUCACUUCCACGAUGGCGUAUUCAAAACAAUGAACAAUUUGAUAAAGUUGAUUAUGAUGAAGAUACAGAUUUAUGUUUAGAAUGGGCUAAAUAUUUUAAUUUACAGAUUUGAUUAAAGCCUGUGCAAUGGAACCAAAUACAAUGUAACAAUCGAUUUCACUUGUAAAUUAAAUAACUUCUCAAUGCUCAUAAUUGAUUUUCAUUAUCCAUUCUCAUAUACAGUGUCUGACUUAAUAUCUUUAAAUUAAACAAAUAACC